GUUUCUCCCCAAACCAGAUUCGAACCCUAAUCCUCCACCACAGGCGUUCUUAAAAUCCCAAUCCCCGCCAAAAUCUAGGAGAACGAUAAAGCCGAUCAACCGCCACGGCCCACCGGAGCGCCGAUGGACGCCGUCGUCCACUCUGCAUUUGAAGAAGUAUGCUGUGAAGGGGCAAAUGGACUCCACCUCCGCAAUCUCUGGUCGAAACUCAGUUCGGUACUCGCUUCCAAUGGCCUCCCGAUGUGCUCCAACGUGAAACGAGCAAUAUGGGAGAAUCUUGUGGAGAUUCCUGGGUUAAUGUUCGAUCCUUGUGACAUAGCCAACUCUACAGUAGAAGAGUGCGAAAAGUUAAAUGUCAAAAUCGUAGCUUCCGAAGCAAUGAGGAAGAUCUUUCUAGGGAUAUACGAGACGGAGGCGUCGGAAUCUAGUUUGUCUGCUACUCAACGUGUUAUCCUUGAACGCCUGGCUGUUGCCAGAACAAAUGGAAUUGCGCAGAGUGAGCUUUCAAAGGAAUUACGCAUUCCGGCAAACAAUAUAUUCUAUCAACUAAAGAAACUUGAAACCCAAGGAUUGAUAGUGAGGCAACCAACUGUAAUUAGGAAGAAACAGGCAUCCAGCAGUAGCGAGCAGAAUAACAACUCCAUUGUGUCCACAAAUAUGCUCUACUUAUAUCGUUAUGGGAGGCAUUUGGGGUGCCAACAGAGGCUUGAAAUUAUCAAGGCAGACAAUCUUUCAACAGAUAGGGAUGUUGCAGAGGAUCAUCUUGAGAGCAAUGAUGAUUUCAAAGAACAAGGAAAAGAGGAUAUUCAUGUUAAGGACUUUUUACCUGCAUUGAAAGCCAUAUGUGACAAACUUGAAAAAGCUCAGGGCAAGGUUUUGGUUGUUUCUGACCUAAAGAGAGAUCUAGGUUAUUGUGGUGCUUCUGGCCACAGAUCUUGGAGAAAUAUAUGUCACAGGUUGAAAGAUGCAAGAGUUGUAGAAGAGUGUUGCACAAUAAUCAAUAAGAAGGAGGUCAAUUGUUUGCGUCUGCUUAAAAGUUUUUCUCCAUCAAUUUUUGAGCCAAAGCGUCGUGGACUUGGGCAUGAUGAUAUGGACAUGGAUCAGUCAAUGAAUUUGUUACAGAGGGGACAGACUACUGAACAAGUCGUAGAGCUUCCCAUUUUACGUCAGAUAUAUGACAUGAUUGAUGCUGCAGGAUCAAAAGGGCUGACUAAUUUAGAAGUGUGCAAAAGACUUGGGCUAUGCAGCAAGGAGUACCACAAGCGAUACUUUAAACAGAUGAUCUUUAGGUUUGGAUUACAUUUGCAGUUGGAAAGCCACAAAAAAGGUGAGGUCUACCGAGUUUGGACAGCUAAUAACUUUAACAAUAAGUCAUCCAGUAAGGGCUCCCUUGAAAAAGAAAAAGUGUUACCGGAAGUCCAUCCACCUACUUCACGUAAUCUGGAUAUGGACUGCUGUGAGAACUUGUCUCAAUCUCUCCAGGUGCUAGAUAACUCUACUUCAAUGGGUAGUGUUAAAGCUAUAAAUAGAAGUGAAAUUGAUGCAGUAGGCACAACUGAGGCUACUAACGGCACCACUGUUGAAGAGGAUGCUUCUACUUGUCUGCUUUUGGAAUGCAAUCCACAUAAUUCUGAUGAGGAGCUACGGAAUGGAAGGUGUGAUAAGGAUCUACUCAAGGACAAUAAAUUGGUGGUAGCUGACAGCGGCAUAGUAAAAAUAUGCUCUCCUGCUAUUACAAGACCUUCCAGGCGCCGCCCAUAUCCAAUGUACCCUCAUCUCACUAUAAGUGCAACCAGCUCACUGAGGGAGCAACGCAUAUUGAAAAUGCUGCAGGAGGAAAAAAUCCUCAUUAAACCUGAGCUCCACAGACAUCUUGAGAGCCUUGAGGAAGAGAAAAACACAAUGAUGGACAAGAAAACCUUAGAACGUAUUCUGAACAAACUUCAGCAAGAAGGGCACUGUAAAUGCAUUAAUGUGAGUGUCCCAGUUUUGACUAAUUGUGGCAACAGCAGGACAACAGAUGUGAUCCUUCACCCAUCAGUAUAUAAUGUGUCACCUGAAUUAUUGACUCAAAUCCAUGACAAGAUGAGGUCUUUUGAAAUUCGAGUUCGUAAGCAAUCAUAUGCGAAGCAGAAGAAAGGCCAAUCUGUUCCUAUAUUAGACCGGGUGCAGAGGAUUCCAAAUAAUGUAAAGCUAGAUGUCCAAUCAGAGCGUGCUGAACUGAUGCGUGCUAAUGGGUUUGUCUUGGCAAAAAUGGUUCGGGUGAAGCUUCUUCACAACUUCCUUUGGGGUUGGAUCUACAGUUACUCUGGUUGGGAUGAUACUUUAUUGUCCUGUAAUACUUAUAAUUCAAAGAAUUCGCACAGCAGUUGUAAGUUGUUCAAGUUAGACAUGGCCAUCAGGUCCAUGCCACUUGAGUUGUUUUUACAAGUAGUAGGCUCUGUUAAAAAAUUUGAGGAUAUGGUUGAGAAAUGUAGAAGAGGCGUUCUCCUUUCUGAUCUUCCCAUGGAAGAAUACAAGGGUCUGAUGGAUACCCGAGCAACUGGACGACUAUCUUGGCUCAUUGACAUAUUACGGCGGUUGAAGUUGAUUCGUCUGGUAAGCAAGGACCAUGCAGAUGAUGAAGGUAGCAGCCAGUGCACAACUCUUACACAUGCGUUAGAGCUUAAACCUUAUAUUGAGGAACCGGUCUCAAUUGUCACAGCCUCUGGUUUCAUUUUCCCUGAUUUGCGUCCUCAAGUCAGACAUGAUUUUAUUUUUUCAAGCAGCAAAGCUGUUGCUGAAUACUGGAAUACACUGGAAUAUUGUUAUGCUACAGCUAAAUCUACAGCUGCAUUGCUUGCAUUUCCCGGAUCUGCAGUUCAAGAGGUGUUUCAUUCCCGAGCUUGGGCAUCUGUCCGAGUAAUGACAGCUGAACAACGUGUGAAACUGCUGGAGCGUGUAGCAAAUGAUGACUUAAACGGAAAACUUUCUUUCCGUCACUGCAAGGAAAUUGCUAAAGAUCUCAAUUUGACCCUGGAGCAGGUGCUUCGUGUGUAUUAUGACAAGAGGCAGCAGCGGCUAACUAGGCAUCAGAGAGAUUUGGAUGGCCAUGAACAGGAUCUUCAUACACGCAAAAGAAAACGACGUCCAGAUAAAAUUUCCUCAAAGCUGAUAACUUCUAAUGUUGUAGAUGGACAAUCAAGUGUGUCAGAUGUGGACCCUGUUGCCUCUUUAGAUGACGACCAAUUUACUGAGGAACAAUGCUCUUUGUUAUCAGUUACUGAAGAUUAUGAUUUUCAGCUGCAUAAAUAUUAUGCAGGUGAUCCCACGGAAGAACCAGAUGAGCUAAAUUUAAAUGAAGAAAAUGAAGUCUCUACCUUCAUUCACAAUCGGGCAUUUUCUACUUCAACACGCCAGAAACGGUUUUUGUGGGCUGAUGAGUCUGAUAGGCAAUUGGUGAUGGAAUAUGCACGAUACCGAGCAGCUUUAGGGGCAAAAUUUCAUCGUGUGGAUUGGACCUCAAUUUUAAAUCUUCCUUCUUCUCCUGAUGCCUGCAAAAGAAGAAUGGCAAAUUUGAAGAGUUAUCCCCUCGUUAGAAAAGCUUUAAUGAAACUAUGUAAUAUCCUUGCAGAUCGUUAUGCCAAAUACCUUGAAACAUGCCAGGACAAGAUGCUGAAUCAUGAAGAAUCAGGAGAAAUGCUUUCCGAUCCUUCACAUAAAAAAGACAGUCUCUGUUCAUCGGAGUACAUGUAUGAGCAGUGGGCUGAUUUUGAUGAGAAUACUAUCAAGAUAGCACUAGAUGAUGUUUUGAGGAAUUAUAAAAUGGCUAAGUUGGAGGGCAGGCAAGAUACUUCAUCACACCAUAGAAACAAUGACUUGGAUGAUUGUGGUGAGACUAAAACAUCUCGCAGUAGAUCCAGAUCCCAGCAGCUAUCCAGAAAGUAUAUGAAGCUGUUAAAAGGCAGUAGAAGCAUCAGCAGACAGAUGCACGAAUCGGUUGCAAUUGCAAAUGCUGCAGAACUAUUUAAACUCAUCUUUCUUAGUAACUCAAAAGCUCCGGAAGGCUCAACCUUACUGGCUGAAACACUGCGUCGAUAUUCUGAACAUGAUCUUUUUGCUGCUUUCAGCUACCUAAGGGAGAAGAAAAUUAUGAUUGGUGGAAGCUGUAAUAGUCCCUUUGUACUAUCCCAGCUUUUCUUGCAGAGUAUUUCAUCAUCUCCAUUUCCCUCAGAUACUGGAAAAAGAGCUGAUAAGUUUGCUAAUUGGCUUGAUGAAAAAGCAAAGGAUUUGAUGGAAGAGGGUGUUGAUGCUCCAUCAGAUAUGCAAUGUGGUGAAAUUUUGACUUUGUGUGCUCUGGUUUCUUCUGGUGAGAUGUCAAUUACCCCAUGCUUACCAAAUGAAGGUGUUGGUGAGGCAGAAGAGACCAGAGCUUCCAAACGUAAACAUGAUAACAGUGAGCUUGAUAGUGGAGAAGUAUUUAAGAAAGCAAAAGCUUCAUUUGCUGGUGAGGGUGAGAUAACCUCUCGACGAGAAAAAGGUUUUCCUGGUAUAAAGGUAUUAUUGCAUCGUGAAGCGAUUUCAAGAACACUUGCUAUUGAAUCAUUUAAAGAUGGGCCUCUCUCUGCCACCCCCUUGUUCUGUAACUUCGGUGGAAAAGAUUCAAGCAAUAUCUUGUUAGGUUUAGAUUGUAACAGUGGUUCUUCAGAUUUGGGUUUAGCUGAUUAUGAGAAAGAACUCUUCGAUUCUGGGGGAGUUGCCCAUCCUGCAGCCAAUGCGAGUGAAUCAUCACCUUGGGAGGCUAUGACCGACUACUCCAAAUAUCUGAUGUCUCCAAGUUCUCAUGAAGUGAAUAAUUCAUAUCUCCAGCCCCAAUUAUUAAAAACUCUUUAUUCAGCCAUUCAGAAGUCUGGUGAUAACGGCUUGAGCAUGAAAGAAAUUGAUGAUGUUCUGCAAGUUAAAGAUGAUAAGAUUUUGGAAGUCAUGAUUGAGGUGCUUGAAGCAUUUGGAAGAGUUCUCAAGGUCAAUGCUUAUGAUUCUGUUCAUGUGGUUGAUUCUCUAUAUCGAUCCAAAUAUUUCUUGACGUCCAUUUCCAAUCACACUGAAACUCAUCUACGAAAUCAAGAAAAGAAAGUUGGGGAUGGCAGCAUGCCUCUAGAUGUUGAUAAUCAUGGACAAAAAGUUGUUGAGAUGGGGAAUGAGAGUGAUAAGAAUUCUGAAGAAGAACACAGAGUCACAAUUUUAAAUCGUCCUGAAGAUGUAGCCGAUGCUCCUGAAUCAUUACCCAAAGAUACAGAUCCAGCAGGAUGCCAGCAUGAUGGAGUUGCCAUUCCCAAAACGGGAACCUUGAAUCUCCAUGCUGCGGGUGCUAGGAUAUGCAGCCCCCUCUUGCCGUGGAUGAAUGGAGACGGUACAGUCAACGAAGCUGUGUACAAAGGGCUGGUACGACGUGUUCUUGGUAUUGUAAUGCAAAAUCCAGGGAUAUUAGAGGAUGAAAUCAUAAACCAAAUGGACAGUCUAAACCCUCAGAGCUGCAGGCAACUGUUAGAGAUGCUGGUUCUGGAUAACCACAUUGUUGGUCGGAAGAAGCAACAGAUGAGUAGUGAGCCUCCAUCCAUCCUCGCCAAGCUUCUUGGAAACAAGUUGAGAAAAUCGGAGCUCAUAUGCCGACUUCAUUACUUUGCUAAUCCCAUGAGCUCAAACUUGUUGUGAAGAAGAAACCGAAAACGGCAGAAAUGUGUACGUGUAUAUAUUAGUACUCUAUGGAACACAAAAUCAAAACUCUGUUCUAAGGUGCCCCUUAGGGAUGGUCCGUGAUGUAUGGUGCACUCGUGACCGUAGAUUAUGGGUUCAAAUGCCACGUGGAGCAAAGUUGAAUAUAUAUAUCCGAUGUUUUUAUCUUUA